AUGCGCAAUCAACCCCCCACAGUUACACUGGGCGCAUCGGAGAGGAGCAGAUAUCCGCCCGGGCCCCUACACGGGCUGCCAACGUCACAUUCCGACGCUGCCUACCUGAACCUCGAGGAGGCUUGUUUGCUGCGUCAUUUUACCCAGAAUCUGGCUCAAUGGUUUGAUAUCAGUGACCGCGAUCGCCACUUCGCUCUUCAUGUUCCCGAGCGAGCCAUGUUCUGUCCGGUCCUUCGAUACGCGGUAUACACGGCCUCUGCGGGACAUCUCAAUCGCCUAGCAUCAUGUGGCAAGUCGUUGGAGACUCUUGGUUUCCCAGAAGAGGUUCGAUCUCUGCUGAGCCCCGAGACGGCGAUCCGUUAUCACGACAUUUGCAUCUCGUAUCUGUUUGAGAUAUCACAUGACCCAGAGGAAGUGUACAACGAAGACGUGCUCACAGCUGCUACGAUUCUUAGAUUCUAUGAGCAAAUAGAAGCUCCGUCACUAGGUGACUCGGAAGCGUACCUCAAUGCAAUUCAGUUUAAUGUGAAUACGCAACAAGAUGAAUCGUUCUAUGCUUGGUUUAAGAUCCAUGGUCCAAGCCGAGAUAUCAACGUACACGCCUGCCCGUCUGUCUCGUUACGCCAUUCCGCUGCUUUGAGUGCUCUCCGCCAGGAGAUCUGGAGUGCUUUCCUCUACCAACGAGAGUUUAGACUACCGGUCUCUCCGACUAAUGAUUACACCAUGUGCGACGCAGCGAAUGAUUUCAUCUGGACCAACCGAAUUCUUGUGUGGGUGGCUGACCUCUUAUUGUUUUGCUUUGGUGACAAUCAUCGCUCUAGCGCGGAGGAGCGUUUGCAGCGCUGGUCCAAGUUGAAGGCCGUCGAAGAGCGGUGGAAGGAGGCAAAGCCCGCGCCCUACAAGCCUAUACAUUAUCGCGAUCGGGAGCCGACGGUCGGAAAACACUUCCCUGAGAUUUGGCACAUGAACAGCUGCCAGGUGGCAGGGGCGCAGCAUAUUGAACUCGGUCGUAUUCUGCUGGCGGUGUCUGACCCCCGGCGGGCGUCGCGGCUUGGACUCGGUGCCCUGUCGAGGGACAAAGCCCUAGUUCAAGAGCUGCAGGAUUGUACACGGCGUUUGUGUGGAUUGGCGGUCUGGAAUCCCCCUUGUCCGGCUGCCCUUGUCACGGCGAUGGUAGGAAUCUCUAUAUGCGGAGAGUAUUUCACCGAUCCUGGCGAGCAGGGUGCGUUAAUUCGACUACUGGAAGGGCUGGAAUGGGACCAUGCAUGGCCGACAGCAAGCACUAUCAAUGCACUGCAAACUGCAUGGGGUCGCCCCAUUUAA